UCUUAACAGCUGGAGUCAGCAGGGUUUGAAACAAGAUGUUGAAGGUUAAUAAAAGAAGGGAGCCCUUCAGAACAGCCAGAGGUUAGGACAUCCUUCCCAUCCCUGCCUUGGCACCACUGCUGGGAAAAUUAGCAUCAGGCUAUGUUUCAGUAGGAUAUUUCCAUCCUCUGGACGUGUGCCCACACUGCUGCCACUGACUGGGUUGUUUGCAGGUUUUGGCCAAACAAAUGGCCCUCAUUCCUUCAAGCUCUCUAUAAACACCUUCAGGCAAAUCUUCUUUUGGGAGCAAAUUUACCUCCCACAAGAAGGGAGUGGUUUCAGGUGGAAGCUGGGAGAAGGGAUGAUUGCAACACAAAAGAGCAAGGGAAUAUGGGAGGCAGAAGAAAAUAAUCUUACCUUGGAAGUCUCCCUGUUUUACCCGCAGAGGUGAGCUGUGCUGGCCGCACCUUGCCUUUCAGAGCAAGGCCAGGGAGUGCUCUCUGACUCAAGCAGGAGAGCGCUCACAUCGCUUUGCAAGCCAAGCUGAGGGAAAGGAAUUUGCUCGGCUGUGCUGGGAAGGCUUUGAGAACCUCGUCUUUCCUCCGGUUAUUGAGAAACUGGAACAAGUUACCCAUGGAGUACAAAGUUGUCUUCCCGAUGCACGGCCCCAGCUGGCUGGGUGCUGUGCUCUUCCUUGGGGUCCAGCUCCGAGCACUGUGGCCUGUGGCAGCCAUGGAAGUUCACACUUCCAAGGAGGUGAAUGCUGUGAACGGCACUAACCUGCGGUUGAAAUGUACCUUUUCCAGCAGCAGCCCUAUCAGCCAGCAUCUGUCGGUGACCUGGAACUUCCAGCCUGAGGACCUGGGCUCUCAUGAGCUAGUAUUGUAUUACCUGCAGGAGCCCUACAAUCUGCCUACUGGACGGUUUAAAGAGCGAGUCACCUGGGAUGGGAAUAUUGAGCGUAAUGAUGUUUCCAUCAUGAUCUGGAAUUUGCAGCCCACUGACAACGGGACAUUCACCUGCCAGGUGAAGAACCCCCCCGACGCUAAUGGGGUGAUUGGUGAAGUGCGACUCAGAGUUGUGCAGAAAGUGCACUUCUCAGAAAUCCACUUCCUGGCUGUGGCCAUUGCGUCUGCUUGUGUUCUGAUGAUCAUUGUGGUGAUGGUUGUGAUUAUCUGUCGACACCAUCGGAAGAAAGCACAAGAGAAGAGGAUCGAGGGGACAGGCACUGAACUUAAAGAAAAGGAGAGUCUGAAGGCGAGAGAAGAAAAGGAAGACAGUCCAUUAGAAGAUUAGGGGUCUUUGAUGGUAUCCACUGCAGGUAGCCAUUCAAACAUUCUCUCAUUAAUGUCCUGGUGUUUCCGCAGGCCUUUGAAGGCAGUUUUACUUUGGUGUUUCACUUCUAGUCACAAUAGCUGGUGCUAACCAUAAGCAGAAACAACUGAGACCACAAUCACACUGUGCUCCUGAGGAGCCUUCAGACUGACAACCGAACAGGGAGUGGAGACACAACUGCCUCUGUGCUGCAGCUGAGAUUUCUCCUCCCUAGUGUUGAUGCUUUCCAUGCUGUGCCUGCUUUGUGGAUAAGGAGUGAAUUCAUUUCCUUUCCCCAGUUUUGAGCCUGCUUUUGGAUUCAUUGGCUUUUUAUUGGUUUAAAAUUGCUACAGGGAGCCUGAGACUGUUUCCACAUUUGCUGGCUUUGCGGCAACAUUACAGCAUGAGUUUUACCCACUCAGUUUCUGAGGUCAGCAGCUGCCUUUCCUGUUUUUGUUGUCUACAAUAACCCUGAGCAAGGAAUCUCCUUUGUUCUUAUAUUCUUUCUUCUUAGGUACUUCUAAGGCAGAUGCAGAAACCUUGUAAUUUCGGAUGUUAGGACAAAGCUGAAUUCCAGAUGCCUCAUGCUGGGAGCGUGGUGUCCCCGCUCAACCUGAAAUUCUGGCAAGGAAAGAGAAUGACAUUAACACCAGUUGUAAAACUCCUCCAUUGAAGCAAAGCAGGAGGAACUUGCUCCAUGAACAAGGAACUUUUCUUCACCUUCACACCUGCAGAACGUGACCAAGUCUGCUCUGACAGAGUGCCACCAGAUUGGAGCAGAAUGCCGAGCUACCUGACUGAGCAGAGAUGCUCGAAGUGCAGGCUCGCACCUUGGAAAUCACAAGGUGCCUUUGUGUGCCCUGGUUUUCCUCCCUCAAAAUCCUGUUUGACACAGUCUGUGUGAGGAGGAGCCGGUUGUACAGUGUAGUUUAAAUCCCUUUGCCACUUCAGAUGGGAAGCGUUACACUUUGGGAAUGUAUGGUGUUCUAUUUAGGAUAACAUUUACUGGUUGGUGUGUGUUUUGCAUCAAUCUCUUACAGCUUCUGAGGUCACUGCUUUCUGCCAAAGCUCCAGCUGCAGAGCUCUUACAGGAUUCCAACAGCACCAAGUCAAAACAUCAGCCUGUUUGUUUUGAGAGUAUCUUUAUGACUUUAUAACGCUGUCUGUAAUGUGCUGGCCGCAUUAUCUGUCUGUACGUUGUCAUUUUCAGUCUCCUGGGUUACCAAUAAACUCGCUUUGUGGAGAG